UGCUGCUUUAUCGCAUUUCUCUUCACACACUCACACCAGUCUCCGAUCUUAUCGAUCUCACUAAGUGAGAAGUCUGCAUAUAUUCUCUUAAACAUUCGUUUGAAGAUGUUGGCGUGCACCGAAAUGAUUACGAUGUGUCUCCAGUCGGCGAAGCGCGAGCAUCUCCGCUCCAAACAGCAGCAUCAGCACCAGAUCCAGGAUGCGGUUCACGGACUGUCCAUCUUUCACGACAUUUUCCGCAGAGCUGACAAAAAUGAUGACGGUAAGCUGUCUUUUGAGGAGUUUAAAGCGUACUUUGCCGAUGGGAUACUCACUACAGACGAGCUUCGGGAGCUGUUCUACUCUAUCGAUGGACGACAGACAAAGAACCUUGAUACAGACAAACUAUCAGAUUACUUUUCUCAGCAUCUUGGAGAAUAUCUGGAUGUUCUCUCCGCGUUAGAGAAGCUCAAUGUUGCCGUGCUAAAGGCCAUGGAUAAGACGAAGGAGGAGUACCAGGGUUCGUCAGUUCUCGGGCAGUUUGUGACGCGUUUCAUGUUGAGGGAAACAUCUAGUCAGCUGCUUUCCCUCCAGACGUCUCUGCAGUGUGCGAUGGAGGCCGUGGCGGCUCAGAGCAGCACCUCUCCAGUUGAGGAUGUGAAGGUCCCGGAGCAUCUGGCCAUACAGAAGAACAACAGAAGAUGUGGCCGUCGAGUGCAAAAGAACAUGUGUCUUUCACCCACUGAUCCAUACUCGGGCAUUCUCACUACUGGCGUUACCGUAGAUACCGAUGAACACUGGUGCUCUCAGAUCAACAGACUGCAGCAACUCAUCGACAAACUGGAGUGUCAGAGUCCAAAGUUGGAGCCUCUGAAAGAAGAUACUCUGUCCAGCACAUAUAAAUCAAACAUUCUUCUGGUGCAGAGACAGAUGAUGGUGACAAAGAGCGAUCUCGAGGAGUUUCAGAAGGCUCUGAAAACGUAUGCCGACUCCACCGCCAAUCAAAACGACAACAUACAUGUGUCCAUUCAGAAACUGCUGGAGAAGAGCUGCUACAUCAUAUAUGAGUUUUGGCAGGACCGUAUUUCCUGGAUGAGUUAUUUGCAGUCUGAUGACAGUAAGAUGUUUCAGCGUUGCAUUAUUGACAUGCUGGAGGGUCCAGAGGUGGUCUCCACAAUGCUGAUGCCGGCGUCGUGGUGGAUCAUGACAAACAACUAACAGCAACAGAAACACUUCAAUGAGCACAACUGAGUCUAAAAAUGUCCCCUGCUUGUCUUUGAAUUAAUAACUAGCUGUAAAUAAAUCUGAUGAAUCAUAUGUAACCAUGAAACACACACACACACACUCACACACGCACACACACAGACACUAUACUCACACACACUGUCCCACACUUACACUCACACAAACACUCACAUACACACACGCAAACACGCACAUACACUAUACACACACACUCACAUACACACACUGUCACACACUUACACUCACACUACACACACACACGCACU